UUCUUUCCCUGUGCAGCCCACGCUCCCUCCUCCCCUCGCUGCCUCCUCCUCCUCCUCUCGACGCCUCUCAUUGUCCACUCAUAACUUUGGCUACUUUUCGAAGCCGCCAAAUGUGCUAAUUCCCUUCCCAACUAUGAAGACAUUUUAAUCGGCUCCCCUCUUUUUUCUACUUUGUUACUUUUAUACCUUUCUCUACCCCUUCUCCUAUUUUUCCCCCCCUCCUUCCAUCCUAUGCAUCCUUUUUUGGGCGGUUCUUAAAUCUAACCAUAGAGCAGACUGGCAGACGUCAGCCCGACGCUGCCGCAGCGAGGAGGAGAAGAGAAGCUGCUCCCGUGGAGUACAUUUUCCUUGAAAUUGCUGCUUUUCCCCCCUUAAAUUGCUUGCAGCCUCCCUCAGUCUGAGGCUAUGAGAGGGAGAGAGGAGGCCCAGCCUGCACCAUCAUGCUACUUCUGAGACGAGGGGAUGAGAGUUUGGCCCACAAAACGCAAGGUAUUUCUCCCCCGCUUCUUCUCCACCAUGCCUAUCAGCGGCUGCCCCUCGCCCCUUUGCAUCCACGCUGGGAUCUGCACCUCUGUUGUCCAGCAGCAAGGGAGGCGAGUCCUCCACCUCCGUCCAUCCCCGCCUUCAUCGCCGCACUGCCGCACACUUGGUGUCCUUCUCCUACUGCUCUGCCUUCUUCACCUGCCUCCUGCCUGUCACUCCCGGAGAGAGAAGGGAGGCGGAGGAGGCGGCGGCGGCCACUACAUCCCCAUCCCUCCUCCACCUCCGCACCAUAUGGCCCUUCCCAACAGAAUGCGUGGCCUCAGCAUCGCUGUCGUCCUGGUGGGCAACUCCAGUGAGAUGGCGCUGGCGGGAGCUCGGGAGAAAGAAGACUUCCUCCACAUGGCGCCCAAUGUGGAGAUCCUGACCAUGAAUGAGACGGACCCUAAAAGCAUCAUUAAAAGCAUCUGUGACUUAAUGACGGAGCACUGGCUGCAAGGUGUGGUGUUUGGAGAUGACACGGACCAGGAGGCCAUCGCCCAGAUCCUGGACUUCAUCUCGGCCCAGACUCAUAUUCCCAUCCUCGGCGUUCGCGGGGGUUCGUCCAUGAUCAUGGCUGCUAAGGAUGACGACUCCAUGUUCUUUCAAUUUGGCCCCUCCAUCGAGCAGCAAGCGUCAGUCAUGCUCAACAUCAUGGAGGAGUAUGACUGGUACAUCUUCUCCAUCGUUACCACAUAUUACCCGGGCUACCAAGACUUUGUCACCAAGAUCCGAAGCACCAUCGAGAACAGUUUUGUAGGCUGGGAGUUGGAAGAAGUUUUACUCCUUGACAUGUCUGUAGAUGACGGCGAUUCCAAGAUUCAGAACCAGCUUAAGAAACUCCAGAGUCCCGUUAUUCUUUUGUACUGCACAAAAGAAGAAGCCAACACUAUUUUUGAGGUGGGCCAUUCGGUCGGGAUUACCGGUUAUGGCUACACGUGGAUUGUGCCCUCGCUCAUCGCUGGAGACACUGACGUGGUUCCCGCCGAGUUCCCGACAGGGCUGCUGUCCGUGUCCUACGACGAGUGGGACUACGGCCUGGAGGCCCGCGUCCGUGACGGCGUGGCUAUUAUAACCAUGGCGACGUCCACCAUGAUGAUGGACCGAGGACCGCAUACCUUGAUCAAGUCCGAGUGCCACGGAACUCCCGACAAGAAGACCCCCAUCUCGGGUAACCCUAAUGAAGUCCUCAGGUACCUAAUGAAUGUGACGUUUGAGGGCCGAAAUCUGUCGUUCAGUGAAGAUGGCUACCAGAUGCACCCCAAGCUGGUCAUCAUUCUGCUCAAUAAGGACAGACAGUGGGACAGGGUAGGCAAAUGGGAGAAUGGUUCCCUCUCGAUGAAGUACCACGUGUGGCCUCGCUAUGAACUCUACGGUGGGAUUGCAACCAGGGAAGAUGACCACCUGUCCAUCGUGACGCUGGAGGAGGCUCCUUUCGUCAUCGUGGAGGACGUGGACCCGCUGAGCGGGACUUGCAUGAGGAACACCGUGCCCUGCCGCAAACAAAUCAAAACAUUGAAUCAGACCAAGGAGUCGGGGAUUUACAUCAAGCGAUGCUGUAAAGGUUUCUGCAUUGACAUCUUAAAGAAGAUCGCCAAGUCAGUCAAGUUUACUUACGACUUGUAUCUGGUUACCAAUGGCAAGCAUGGCAAGAAGAUUAAUGGAACGUGGAACGGCAUGGUGGGAGAGGUGGUGUUAAAAAAUGCCCACAUGGCCGUGGGUUCCUUGACCAUCAACGAGGAAAGGUCGGAGGUCAUCGACUUCUCCGUCCCAUUCAUCGAGACCGGCAUCAGUGUCAUGGUCUCCCGUAGCAACGGCACCGUUUCACCUUCUGCCUUCUUAGAGCCCUUCAGCGCGGAUGUGUGGGUGAUGAUGUUCGUGAUGCUCUUGCUGGUGUCAGCAUUUGCCGUGUUCAUUUUUGAGUACUUCAGCCCCGUGGGCUACAACCGCUGUCUGGCUGACGGCAGAGAGCCGCACGGUCCAUCCUUCACCAUUGGCAAAGCCAUCUGGUUGCUGUGGGGUCUGGUCUUCAACAACUCUGUGCCGGUGCAGAACCCCAAAGGUACCACCAGCAAGAUCAUGGUAUCAGUGUGGGCCUUCUUUGCUGUCAUCUUCCUGGCCUCCUACACUGCCAACUUGGCUGCCUUCAUGAUCCAGGAGGAAUACGUGGACCAGGUAACGGGACUCUCGGACAAAAAGUUCCAAAGCCCCAACGACUUCUCGCCUCCCUUUCGGUUCGGCACGGUCCCGAAUGGGAGCACGGAGAGAAACAUAAGGAACAACUAUCCCGAGAUGCACUCCUACAUGACCAAGUUUCAUCAGAGAAAUGUCGAGGAGGCUCUUCCGAGCCUCAAAGCUGGCAAACUAGACGCUUUCAUUUAUGACGCGGCCGUGCUGAAUUACAAGGCCGGCAGAGACGAGGGCUGCAAACUGGUGACCAUCGGCAGCGGUUACAUCUUCGCCACCACCGGCUACGGCAUCGCCAUCCAGAAGGAGUCGCUCUGGAAGAGACACGUGGACCUGGCCAUCCUGCAGCUCUUUGGAGACGGUGAGAUGGAGGAGCUGGAGUCCCUGUGGCUGACGGGAAUCUGCCACCACGAAAAGAAUGAGGUGAUGUCCAGCCAGCUGGACGUGGACAACAUGGCGGGGGUCUUCUACAUGCUGGGGGCCGCCAUGGCACUGUCGCUCAUCACAUUCAUCUGCGAACACUGGUUCUAUUGGCAGCUGAGGUUCUACUUCAUGGGUGUCUGCUCGGGUCGCCCUGGCCUUGUCUUUUCCGUCAGCAGGGGUAUCUACAGCUGUAUUCACGGCGUGCAGAUUGAAGAGAAAAGCAGCUCGGCGUUGAACUCGCCAUCGGCUACCAUGAACAACACUCAUUCCAACAUCUUGCGCCUGCUACGCACGGCCAAGAACAUGGCCUCCGGGGUGAACGGCUCGCCGCACAGCGCUCUGGACUUCAUUCGACGCGAAUCCUCCGUUUACGACAUCUCGGAACACAGACGCAGCCUGGCGGGACACUCGGACUGCAAGCCGCCGUACUUACCGGAUGAUAACAUGUUCAGCGAUUACAUCAGUGAGGUGGAGAGGACGUUUGGUAACGUCCACAUGAAGGAUAGUAAUCUGUACCAGGACCACUACCUGCACCAUCACGGUUCCACACUUGGGCUCAGUGGACCGCCUCCCAACAGGCCCCAUAGUUUGGGCAGCGCCAGUUCCCUGGAGGGCGGCAUGUUUGACUGCGACAGCCUCGGAGGCGGGGUGCCGCCCAUUUUCACCACCCAACCCUGCUCGGCACUGACCCACAGAAACAUGAGCAAGUUUGACCUUCUGUCCGGACAGACUCCCCCCUCAGGCCAAGGAUUUAAGAGUGGUCUUCCUGACUUGUACGGGAAGUUUUCGUUCAAGGGAGGAGCCUCCAGUUCCACUUACAUCCCCGGUCCGACUUACUGCGGAGGGAGAGGGGACGAUGAUGGGAAUAUACGAUCGGAUGUCUCUGAUAUUUCCACGCACACGGUGACCUACGGGAACCUGGAAGGAAAUGCCAAGAAGCGCAAACAAUACCGCGAUAGCUUGAAAAAGAGGCCGGCCUCUGCCAAGUCCAGACGUGAGCUGGAUGAGAUCGAGCUGGGCUACAGGAGAAAGCCGUACCACAUAAGCCACCACCACUACCACAACCAUCGCUCGGCCUCGCCGCCACUUUUGCCAUCGGAACGGAAGCGAGGAGGGAAUAAUGACGCAAACUAUCUCUUCAGAGAAAAGGAAAGCGUGAGGGACUUUUAUUUGGACCAAUUCCGUCCAAAAGAGGGCGUCCCUCAAUGGGAACAUGUCGAUCUGACUGAGGGCACUGGAAAUAGGGACGGCGGAGUACCAACUUGCACUUCUCUGGUUCCGGUGGAGGACUUCCUCAAGGGCAAACCCAAAAAGUCGGACUCAAAAAGUGGCGGUGGAUCUGGCUUGGCGGGCGGAGAAUGGGAGUGCAGGAACUGUCGGUCCGGAGGAGGAAUGAAGCAGAUGUCCAUGCACGGAGGAGGCUACGGUGGCGGUAUGAGCUGCGGCUCCUCGGGGGGCGGAGGAAGCAGCCGCCCGAGCUCUGCGACCUGUAUGCGCUGCGAAGGCUGCAAAAAGUCGGGAAACCUCUACGACAUCAGCGAGGACAACAACCACCUCUUGGAACAGAUUGGUGGAGGGAAAGGUGGGGCUCCAAUCUCCCAGCCGCCAUCGCAAGCCCAACAGAGGAGGAAGGGCGGCGGAUUCGGCAAGCCACUCAGGCGGCAGCAUUCCUAUGACGCCUUUGUUGACCUUCAGAAGGACGACUCGGGCGGCAUGGGGAGCAUGAUGGGAGGUAUGGGAGGAGUUGGUGGGAUGGGUGCUCCAGGUAUGGGAGGCAUGCUACCACCUCCCCGAAGCGUUAGCUUGAAGGAAAAGGAGCGCUACAUGGAGGGCACGAGCCCCUUUGCGCACAUAUUUGAGCGUCACGGGGGUUCCGAGAGGGAACGGGAAAGAGACCGGGACCCUUCGUUUUAUGGAGGUGACGGCCGAUUCGGGGGCCUGUUCCGAGGAGGCGAGGGCCUCCAUCGUCGCUCCGUCGGAGAGAGAGACAUGAGAGACAGGGACAGGUCUUUGAUGGAAGGUGGCGGCGGGGCGGCAUUCUCUUUAUCCAAAUCGCUUUAUCCGGACCGGGUAAACCAGAACCCCUUUAUACCCACGUUUGAUGACGAUCAAUGUCUGAUGCACGGAGCCAAACAAUAUUACAUGAAAAAGCAACAGCAGCAGCAACAGGUUGCCAAAAACAGCCGAAGUGACUUCAGAAGCCAGUUGAGCACCACGUCUUAUCUGCCGCCAUCUGCCGCGCCAAUGUCCAAUGUGUCCCCGCGGUUCCCCAAAGAACUCAGCCUGGGUGGACUGAACCACCACGGCUCCAUGCUGGGGGUGGGCCCGCCGCGACCCUUCAACGGAAGCAACGGCCACGUCUACGAGAAACUCUCCAGUAUCGAAUCGGACGUGUGAGAGACCGAGACUGGAUUUGGGAUUAGGCGUGGAAUAGAGUUGUGUUAGGUGUGUUAGGAGAUCAGGGAUGUUUUUAAAGACACUGUCCACACACACACUGCAUCUCUAUCCCAUACUGAGACUGGAAUUUAAGAUAAGCAAGGCGAGAGCCAAACGUGGUGUCAGAAACAGGAUGCAAACUUGAGUAAUAGAAAAAUCUAUAUUUUGCAAGCAAAUCUUGGUAAACACAAAAAAUCAGGACACCUUUGGUGAGACGGGGGGGAGGGGGGUGACCCCUCUCUCACAAAUGGCCAAAGCUACUCUACUUUUAUGUCCAGUCGCAGUUUAGAAAAACAAAACUGGGAAAAUGCACUCAGCUCAAGCCUCGCAUUUCAUCCACCGGUGAAGCCGCGGUCGCUCAUCUUAAUUUGAUAUCGGACGUGUGAGCGCUGGUGAGAUUCGACGGCAGCCCGAGAGCUCCCGCUGAGCGCUUACGAGGGAAGACUGCGAGAUCGGCGGGCGGGCGAGCAGAGCUAGCGAGCGAGCGGCCCAUCUGGGCUCCAAGAAGACAUUGUCGCCUUGAUGGAGUGGCAACACGGAUGACUUGUCCCCCCCCCCCCACACUCCUCUUAAACUUUUGUUCUCCUCCCUUUUCCUCGUCCUCCCCCGACACCAAAAGAAAUACAAUCAUGAAUGAUGAUAUUCUUCUCGAAAGAAAAAAAACAGGGUAUAAGAUCAACAAUAAUAUUAAUAACAUUGUGAAUAACGAUUGUGUUAACAUUGCUUAUAAUUUUUUUUUUUUUUUUUUUAAAUGCUUUAUUUGUAAUUGGUGUGAUAUUCCAUCCCCGUUUGAGUACUGGCCGGGUUCUUCAACCUCCAAGCCAGCAAAGACUGAACUCUUUAGUUACCUGUAGGACGUUUUACUUCACAGUACAUAUUUUCUCCUUACGGGGAAAAAAGGAUCUUAAAGACUCAUACUUUGUUUUGAGAUAUUUCAAAUUGUUGUUCAGUCAAGAGCCUGAAAGCUGCAGAAGCUGAGAGAAAAGGACGUGCCUUAAUGGUCUCCAAUGGAAGUGUCCUCCUGUUCACAUGGUCACGCAACGGCGCCAUUACUUGGUGUUCUCUUCACGUAGGACAAAAAACUGCAGUAAAAAAA